CCGAAUGAGAACGUUCUUCCAUCCAGCUAGCAUCACCCGGGAGUCUUGAAUCUCCUGUUGUGGAAAGUGUUCCGUGUUGUGUAGCGACCAAAGAAACCAAGAAGGAGACAUUUAGGAGUGUAAUACAUGGAGUACGGUGGCCUGGUCGGUGACGUUCUGUCCCCAGAGUCGACGGUGACCUCCCUCCUGUCCAGCUCAGGUCACCUGAGAAGCAACCUGCUGGCUCCUGAACACAACACCUCCUUCAGAUACAGAGACAAGGACUAUGAAUCCGCCUCUGCAGCACUGGACGCCUACAUUGCAGACUUCGACAGAAGUGGGCAGAACAGAGGGUCUCUGACAGGAAAGCUGGUCCUGCCUCAAAGUCUACCCUCCACGCCAUGCAGACCUGGAGCGAGCAUGCUCAGAAACAAAGAUGUUCUCAGGGAGCGUUUGACGGACAAGGAGCUGGACUUCCUUAACCUCCCCGUCAGCUCCCUCCAUCACCGCAGCAACAGAGACAGACUCUCCAUGACGACUGACGAGUUACUGUCCAUCCCUCAUGACGGCUCCAUGCCCGUCACCCACACGUCCGCCUUUAUCCAAGGCCUCAUGUCCAAGUCCAGGGCGUCCCAGCCUCGUCCCACCUCCUCCAGACCAGCACAGAGACCCUGGGACAGACUCAGCAGCAGUCACAUCGCUCCCCGCAUAAACCUCCAUCACCACACUCACCCAACCAGGAUGCCCAGAAGCUCCAGGGGCAGACCAGGCACAGCCAUGAUGAAACCGGAUGCUGAUAUUUCCUCCGGCAGCUGCUACAGAUCCUCACACAGAGCAGCGAGGACGGAGCGGGCCGACCUGUCCUCAUCGCUCCACCUCCCUCACUGGUUCACCAGCAACAAGUCUGACAUGGACUGCUCCGGAAUCACCAGCGUGCCUGACCUGAAGUACCCGGCCUGGAUCCAACGCUGCGACCUGAGCGAGCCUCCGCCGCCUUCAGAGUCAGAGCUGUGGGAUGACCGAGGUGUUCCCCUUCCUGCAGUUCACAGAUCCGGAGCUCCGUCCUGGGUGGAAGAGCUGGAGAGCGACGAUGUUUCUGACCAGACACCUGCCCAGAGUGACAGCCGGCAGACUCUCAGAGAUCUCAGGCUUCAGUUUGCUGAACAGAUUUCUCUACUCGCCGCUCAGAAGAAAAGCUCUGACAUCAUGGAAACUCUGUUCAGAGACAACAGGAUUGAGUCUCUGAUCCAGAAGGCCGACCAGGUGUUGAACUCUCUGUCUCAGAGUUCUGGAGGAGCAGAAAGCCGAUCACAUUCGGUCAGUAUCCCUGAUGGUGUCGAUGAAGAAGGCAGCCUGAUGAAGACAGAGGAGCUUUUGCACGGCCCUCAGUUCAAUCAGGACUCAGAAGCAGCAACAGGGGGCGACACAGAGGCUCAGACCGACAGUGGAGCUCCGCUUCAGGACUGCUGUCUCCAUGGAAACAACAUCUUUAAACAGCCAGGUCCAGCUGAGGCUCUGAAGCAGAUGCUGUUCAGGCUGCAGGCGGUGGAGGCGGAGCUUCAGCGACGCCAGGAGACGCCAGCGGCUCCAACAGAGACUGACAGGUUACAGACACGAGAGACUCCAGUGAAACAGAAGCCUGAGAGGGAAGCGGAGCUGGAGAUUGUUUCUGGUGGAGCGUCACUACAAAGAGCUCUGCAUCACCUGAGCCGACUGAAGAUGCUGGUGGAAGAGCCCAGAGAGAAACGCGCACAGGAAGAGAAGGAGAGGGAUGAAGACGAAGGACGCUACUCUUCUUCUUCAGCUGAUGGACUCACCUGCACUCAGCAGGAACGCUCCUGAAGCCGAAGACCAGCUCGUCCAUGUCAUCAUCAUCAUCAGUUAGUGGUCUCUUUGUCCUCUCCUCGUUGUUUCCCUCUGAUGUGCGGCAGCAACAGGACACAGUAAAAGACAAUGAAUCUGAAGGAAGUCUGCUUUGGAUUUAUAUUUUUUAACUAAGGGUGUAUGGAUGUAGUCCAGGGACCAAAUCCGACUCAUUAUCUAUGGCAUGAAAUGGGUGUUCCAGUUAACUGUUAAAGUGAAGGAAGCUGUGAAACAUUCGGUGGUUUCCAGAAAAGAAAGGCAACUAGACUCGAACUGAGAGAUAAAAUGUGCUAAAUAAUUAGCUGCUAAGAUGCUUAAAGGCCACAUAUUCUCCUCCUCCUCAACCGGUUUAAAUAAGUCUCAGAGCUCCCUUAUGCUCCCCUAUGCCUAUAAACCCC